ACAAAUCCUCUCGGUUGGGAUACGAUUGACAACGGAAGAGCCGAACCUGACGAUUAUCUACACGACCCCAAAAAGGAGGAACCUGUCCAAGAUAAUGGUUGGUCACCAUCUCGUGGGAUACUCAAUUUGGGAACUAUGAUCAUUUUGGCGGCAGGUAUAUUGACUCUUUUUGCCGGAUAUCCAAUUAUCUCAUAUUUCGAUACUCGACGAGCUACCACAAAAGGAGCUUUUGGACUUGGAGGUACAAAUGCUACCGGUCAAGUCGCCAUGAUGCCUAGCACUAUGAGAGGUGAUUUGAUCGAUGCAGAUACACCGGAAGAUGCAAAAACACGAAUUGGAACUGACGGUACAACGAAAUACAAUCUAGUAUUUUCUGACGAAUUCAACGUUGACGGUAGAAGUUUUUAUCCUGGUGAUGAUCCGUUUUGGGAAGCAGUGGAUUUGCAUUAUUGGGGAACGAACAACUUUGAAUGGUACGAUCCUGCAGGUGUGACCACGAGCGAUGGUGCAUUGCACAUCACUCUCAGUCAGACACCCGAACACAAUCUCAACUUCCGCGGUGGUAUGGUAUCGACAUGGAACAAGUUCUGUUUCACGGGAGGAUACAUUGAAGUAUCUGUUCGUUUGCCAGGUAAGCACAAUGUUCCAGGUUUGUGGCCAGCUGCAUGGACGAUGGGUAACUUGGGUAGAGCUGGAUACGGUGCCUCUUUGGAAGGUACAUGGCCAUACUCUUACGAACAAUGCGACGUUGGUACAUUGCAAAACCAAACUGACGUUAAUGGAAAUCCUCAAGCAUCGCAAACUGGAGGUGAUGUGAUGUUCAACAGAAAGCACCAUACCAAAGCACUUUCCUUCAUGUCCGGUCAACGUCUUUCUGCUUGCACAUGCCCAGAAGAUUAUCCUCAAUUGCAUCCGGGCCCAGUAAUGCCCGAUGGAACUUUAAAGGGUAGAGCAGCACCUGAAAUUGAUAUUUUUGAAGCACAAGUGACAAACGGUAAGAAAUUGAGUGUUUCUCAAUCAUGUCAAUUUGCGCCAUUCAACUACAAGUAUGAAGCAGCAAAUACGACCGGACCAGCGUGGACGUUGUUUCAAGAAAGUAGUCAGCACAAUACGUAUACCGGUGAAAUCACACAACAAAGUGCAAGUACUGUUACGGAUGCCAGUCAAGUUGCUGUGCAAUAUGGUGGUGAUGAUAGUUUUGCAGCGUAUGGAUUCGAAUAUGAGCCAGGAGCGAAUGGAUAUAUUGAAUGGGUUUCAGACGGAAAGCCUUCGUGGAAAAUGAAUCCCGCUUUCAUGGAACCCGAUCCGAUUGCGCAAAUCGGUGCUCGAGUUGUACCUCCAGAGCCGAUGUAUGUGAUUAUGAAUUUGGGUAUUUCGGAGAAUUUCGCAACGCCCAAUUGGGAUCAAUUGGCUGACCUUUGGCCGUUCAUCAUGAGUGUGGAUUACGUUCGUGUUUAUCAACCCGAGAAUGCAAUUAAUGUUGGAUGUGAUCCACCGGAUUUCCCAACUUUUGAUUUCAUCAAUCGUCAUAUGGAUGCUUAUACCAAUGCAAAUUUGACCAUUUGGGGUGGUACGGAAGCGCAAGGUGGAUAUCAAGAGAAUUGGCCACGUAAUAAAUUGAAUCCUAAUGGAUGCAGUGCACAAUUGUACAAUUAUCCUGGAUCGCCAACAUCACCCAAACCACAUGCACCAGCUUUCGCCGAAAGCCAGAUUGGUAAUGGC